UGCGCACAGAACACUGGGUCGGCCGCCAUGACUUCCGCGAAAGAAUAUCGGAGGCGGAGGGUAGGGGAACGCGCGAGAUCAACUUGAAGAGAAGCUUUCUGAGGUCUAGAUCGGAAAGCGAGGGCUGUGGGAGAGACAAGAGCACACUUGGUGGUCUGCGACCUGGCGCCAGUAUGCGGCGCAACACGGUGUCGGAGGAGGUGCCUUCGGCAAGAGUGCUGGCCCAGCGAGCCAGGGCGGAGCGCUGCCGCUCGGUAAAGCUUGCCUGGCUCUCCUCCACGGCGACGACUCGGAAGGUGAGGAUGAGCGGUGAGGAGGCGGUGUGGGACGUGCUGCAGGGUCACGUGACCGCUGCGCGCAGGCCCGCCCCCCGGCUGCUCAAGGUGUUCAUCGCCUCCACCAGGACCGAUUUCGCGGAGGAACGGCGACAGCUGCUGGAAGUGGUGGGUCCAGAGCUGCAGAGCCAGUACGACAACAUGGGGCUGGAGGUGGAGCUGGUGGACAUGCACUACGGCACGGCCAGCGACCCCGCGCUGGACGCGCCGCUGUUCGAGGACCACCUGCACGAGAUCCGCCACUGCCACGCCGUCUCGCGCGGCUGCUUCUUCCUGUGCCUCGUGGGCAACAAGUACCUGCCGUACGCGCUGCCGCGGCGGCUGGACGGCGAGACGUACGAGGCGCUGUACGCCGCGGCCGCCGACCUCUCGCUGCGCGCCGACCUGCUGCACACCUGCUUCUGCCGCGACGACGCCGCGCCGGCCGCCAGCUACGUGCUGCAGCAGCCCAGGUAG